UGUGUGAGCUGUGAUUGGUCACAGCUUGUCACAUGGUACAAGGCUGUUGUGAAUAGCUUUGUACCAUGUGACCUCUGUGAUCAUUCACAGAUUUCACAAGUAGUAAGCAAUGAUGUCAGAAAGUGACAUCUUGUUUACUACUAUUCAUGUGAUCACUGAUUGGCCAAUCAGUAGGCCAUUGGCAGCCUCAGCUGUCAAUCACCGGGUCCCGACCAGUUAUUCCCCAUUGGCACCCGGCGAUCACAGUGUAUCACGGACAGGGGAGAGCCCUUUAUGUAAACAAUACAGAUUUCUCCCCUGUCAGCUACUGCACACUGCUUUG